AUGUGGGCAUCUUUGAGACCUCGAAUGGAAAUCAGGGUGGACGGACAACCGAUCGAUCUUGUCGAUGAGUUCUGUUACUUGUGCUGUAUGCCGAAGAAGAAUGGUAGUUACAAGAAAGAUAUUCAGCAAAGAUGCACCAAGGCCAUUUCUGCAUUUAACUCCUCAACGAGAUCCCUGUGGAGGACCUUCAUCACCAACGUAGUCAAGCCACGAGUCUGCCUAUCCGCAAUUCCCCCCAUCAUGGUGUACGGAUCAGAGACUUGGGCAGCAUCAUCUACGAUGAUGAAGAGGCUUGAUCGCACGGAGAGGAGGCUGCUUGGAUGGUUGCUCGGGUACAUUUGGCCUCGGGUAUCCCACAGUAAAAAUCUUUGCGCGGAAGUUGUGGUAUGCAGCGGGCGACACAUGCAAGAGCGAGCAGAGUUAUUUUCAAAGACGGGGCACUACGGCGAAGAUGAGGGUAGUCGCGUCAGCCGAUGA